AUGCCGCGAAAAACCUCUCUUGAUGGUGUGUUCGGCCUUGCGGUCAAGUCUUUUCAAGGUGCCCCACGUUUUGCGCUGCGAUUUCAGUGUCACACCAAUCUCCAAGAGGCAGACAAGAGACUGACCAUCCAGGACACUUCGCAGCUUGGCCGAUGGAAGCUGUCAGGCGUUCCGCCUGAGGAGCUGAAGAACGGCCGCGUUGCGAUGCUGGCCACCAUGGGAUACAUUGUCCCGGAGUACUUCCGCUUCCCAGGAGACUGUGCAACCGGCCUCAAGUUCACGGAGAUCCCGAAUGGCUUGGCGGCGCUGACCAAGGUCCCAGGGGCCGGCUGGACUCAGAUUUUCCUAUUCCUGGGUCUCAUUGAGAAGGGCAUCUACACCUACGACCCCACCCGACAGGCGGGUGACUACAAGGCCGCUGGCGUCCUGGGUGUGCCGAACGGCAGCACCAUGGUUCCAGGCGAAGGCCGCAACCGAAAGCUGAACUCUGAGCUGGCGAACGGACGUCUGGCCAUGAUGGCCAUCAUCGGCAUGUUCUUUCAGGAUGGCCUCACGGGCAGCGCCUGGGGCGAUUGGGCGGCCUACACUGACUCCCCUCUUCGCGCGUUCGAGAACGAGCUGGGCGUGCAGGCCCCUGUGGGCUACUUUGACCCAAUGGGCAUGUCCAAGGACGGUGACGAGAAGACGUUCCUCCGCCGCCGGGAGAGCGAAAUCAAGAACGGGCGCGUGGCCAUGUUCGCGGCCAUGGGCUUCAUUACGCCGGAGUACGUCCGCUUCCCCGGCUACCUGGCGCCAUCCCAGCAGCUCAAGUUCACGGACGUCCCCAACGGCCUCGCGGCUCUCUCCAAGGUGCCCUUCCUGGGCUGGAUCCAGAUCCUAAUUUUUUGUGGCAUGGUGGACUUCGGCCUCUACAGGGCCGACCCCUCCCGGGCCCCCGGUGACUACGAGAACGGCGGCAUCUUGGGCGUGCCUAACGCCAGCGGGCCCAUGGCAGAUGCCGAGGGCAGGAAGAGGAAGCUCAACUCCGAGCUGGCCAACGGCCGCCUGGCCAUGGUGGCCAUUACCGGGAUGCUUUUUCAAAACGGAAUGUUCGGAACCACCGGGCCUGCGAUGUGGGGCUUUUAA